AUGACGAUACCUCAACUUUUCUUCAUCUUCUGUUACAUUACUUUCUCUCUUGUUUUAUCUGAAACAUUUCAAGAACAAGAGAUCUUGUUGGCCAUCAAGUCAGACCUGUUUGAUCCUUCUAACAAUCUCCAAAACUGGAAGAGCCCUGAGAAUGCUACUGAGUCUGUUCAUUGUCACUGGACAGGAGUUCACUGCGAUCCAAAUGGCUCAGUGGCUAAGCUUCUUCUCCCCAACAUGAAUCUCAGUGGAAACAUCUCAGAUCAGAUUCAGAGCUUCUCUUCUCUGCAAGUCCUUGAUCUCAGCAACAAUGCAUUUGAGUGCUCUCUUCCUAAAUCUCUUUCUAACCUCACUUCCUUGAAGAUUUUGGACCUGAGUGUGAAUAGCUUCUUUGGAACCUUCCCUUAUGGUCUAGGAAUGGCCACUGGUCUUACACACGUCAACGCCUCGAGCAACAAUUUUUCUGGACUUCUCCCUGAAGAUCUCGGCAACGCGACUACACUCGAGGUUUUGGACUUUCGUGGAGGUUACUUUGAAGGCUCUGUGCCUUCUUCUUUCAAGAAUCUCAAGAAGCUGAAGUUUCUCGGUCUUUCUGGUAACAACUUAAGCGGAAAGUUACCAAAGGUGAUCGGUGAGCUCUCUUCUUUGGAGACCAUCAUUCUUGGUUACAAUGGCUUCACAGGUGAGAUUCCAGAAGAGUUUGGGAAGCUGACGAAUCUUCAGUACCUCGAUUUAGCUGUUGGGAACCUAACGGGCCAGAUUCCAUCUUCUUUAGGACAGCUGAAACAGCUUACAACGGUUUAUCUUUACCAGAACUUUCUCACAGGGAAGAUUCCAAGAGAAGUUGGUAAUAUCAAUUCUCUUGUGUUUCUUGAUCUCUCUGAUAACCAAAUCACAGGGGAUAUACCUAUGGAAGUAGCUGAGUUGAAGAAUCUGCAGCUUCUGAAUCUGAUGAGGAAUCAACUCACGGGAACCAUUCCAUCAAAGAUUGCUGAAUUACCAAACCUUGAGGUUCUCGAGCUGUGGCAAAACUCUCUGGUUGGUUCCUUACCUGUGGAUCUCGGCAAGAGCUCGCCGUUGAAAUGGUUAGACGUCUCAUCAAACAAGCUAACAGGAGAAAUCCCAUCUGGAUUAUGCUAUUCAAGAAACCUCACAAAGCUCAUUCUCUUCAACAACUCAUUCACAGGUCAGAUUCCAGAGGACAUCUUCUCAUGUCCGACUUUGGUCCGUGUCCGAAUCCAAAAAAAUCUCAUAUCCGGACCAAUCCCAGCUGGUUCAGGGGACUUACCAAUGCUUCAACAUCUAGAGCUAGCUCAAAACAACCUCACCGGUCAAGUUCCAGAUGAUAUAACAUCCUCUAAAUCACUCUCAUUCAUAGACAUAUCCUUUAACCGUCUCUCAUCCCUACCUUAUUCCAUUUUCUCAAGUCCCAAUCUCCAAACCUUCAUCGCCUCACAUAACAGCUUUUGUGGAACCAUACCUAACCAGAUUCAAGACCGUCCAUCUUUGUCUGUCCUCGAUCUCUCCUUCAACCAUUUCUCAGGCCAAAUCCCAGUGAGGAUUGCUUCCUUUGAGAAACUUGUGACCUUAAAUCUCAAGAGCAACGAACUGGUAGGAGAAAUCCCACAGGCCUUAACCGGGAUGCACAUGUUAGCUGUUCUCGACCUCUCAAACAACUCUCUAACCGGGAACAUACCACAAGACUUGGGAGCUUCACCAACACUAGAGAUGCUGAACGUGUCAUUCAACAAACUCACAGGACCUGUCCCUUCAAACAAUCUCUUUGCAGCCAUAAACCCAAACGAUCUCAUCGGAAAUCAAGGCUUAUGCGGUGGUGUUUUACCUCCUUGCUCCAAGAGCCUAGCAUUGUCAGCAAGAGAGAGAACCUCAGGGAGAAUCCACAUGCACCACGCAAUCUUCGGAUUCAUCGUAGGAACAGCAGUCAUCUUGUCUCUAGGAAUAAUGUUCUUAGCAGGGAGAUGGGUAUACAGAAGAUGGGAUCUCUACAGCAACUUCGCCAGAGAAUACUUAUUCUGCAAACAGCCACAAGAGGAAUGGCCAUGGAGACUCGUAGCCUUCCAAAGACUCUGCUUCACAGCAGGGGACAUCUUAUCACACAUCAAAGAAUCAAACAUCAUAGGAAUGGGAGCCAUGGGGAUAGUCUACAAAGCAGAAGUCAUGAGACGUCCACCACUCACAGUAGCCGUCAAAAAACUCUGGAGAUCACCGUCACCACAAACCGACAUCGAGAAUCACCAUCACCACCAACAUCAUACCCAAGAAGGUGAAGAAGAGGACGAUAUACUCAAGGAAGUAAACCUCCUCGGCGGUCUCCGCCACCGAAACAUCGUCAAAAUCCUCGGUUACAUCCACAACGAGAAAGAAGUCAUGAUGGUCUACGACUACAUGCCUAACGGCAACUUAGGCACAGCCCUACAUUCAAAAAACGAUGAAUUCUUGUUAACUGAUUGGCUAUCACGAUACAAUGUAGCCGUUGGAGUCGUUCAAGGACUCAACUACCUACACAACGAUUGCUACCCUCCGAUCAUCCACAGAGACAUCAAAUCAAACAACAUAUUACUAGACUCAAACCUAGAAGCUCGAAUCGCCGAUUUCGGAUUAGCUAAAAUGAUGCUACACAAAAACGAGACCGUUUCGAUGGUGGCGGGAUCCUACGGUUACAUAGCGCCAGAAUACGGUUACACGCUCAAGAUCGACGAGAAGAGCGAUAUAUAUAGUCUAGGAGUUGUGUUGCUCGAGUUAGUUACGGGGAAGAUGCCGAUCGAUCCGUCGUUCGAGGAAGGGAUCGAUGUUGUGGAGUGGAUAAGGAGGAAGGUGAAGAGGAGUGAGAGCUUGGAGGAAGUGCUUGAUCCGAGUGUUGCUGGUGAGUGUAGGCAUGUGAUUGAGGAGAUGCUUUUGGCGUUGAGGAUCGCGCUUUUGUGUACGGCGAAGCUUCCGAAGGAUAGGCCGUCGAUUAGGGAUGUGAUGACGAUGCUCGCGGAGGCGAAACCGAGGCGGAAGAGUGUGAGUCACGGUGGGGAUUUGCCUGUUUUUAGAAACUCUCCGGUUGUUGGGUUGAUUUAAGCGAGAUGAGGCGGGAAGGGUGUUUUUGUCAUUGCAAAGAUUUUGGGCCCGUUUUAUUUGAUUGCUUCCUUUUUUUUACUGAACUAUAGCCCAUGUGAGGCCCGUUUGUUCAGUGGGAAUUGUAUUUACUGAGAAAUUAAUAAGAGACGA